CUCCCCUUCUUCUCCAUCUGCGCAUCUUCUCAUCAAUGGCCGGGUCUCCAAUUCGGAUCCGGGUCCCGACCCGAAUCCAAAUAUCUCUCCUCCUCCUAGCCCACCUCUCCUUCUCUUCCUCCUCUAUCUCCGCCGCCCAAUCACCACCGUUAAAUUCGCCGGAAAAUUCAAUCAGAACCGAUGCAAAAUCACUCAUCUCCUUCAAGAACAUGAUCCAAGACGACCCGAAUAACAAUCUUGGCAACUGGAUCCUUCGUAAAAGCCCCUGUGAAUGGUCAGGAGUCACUUGCCUUCGAGGGAGAGUCUCUGAGAUCGAUCUCUCUGGCAGUGGCCUCAGUGGCACAGUCUCUUUCGACCCUUUCGCCUCUCUCUACUCCCUCUCUGUUCUUAAGCUUUCGGACAACUACUUCGUGUUGAACUCUACUUCCCUUCUUCACCUUCCUCUCGGCCUCACCCAGCUCGAUUUAUCCUCCUCUGUUCUUUCCGGAAUUGUCCCGGAAAAUUUCUUCCCAAAAUACACCAACCUUGUCUCUGUGAAUCUCUCCAGCAAUAAUUUGACCGGGAAGUUACCGGAAGAUGUUUUCUUGGGACCCAAGAAACUCCAAGCCCUCGAUCUUUCUCACAACAACAUCACUGGCACCAUGUCGGGUCUGAGCAUUCCUCUGUCUUCUUGCGAUUCUCUGUCGCUGCUCGAUCUUUCUGGGAAUAGCAUCUCCGGUUAUAUCCCCGUCUCGCUUGUGAACUGCACCAAUCUCAAAAGCUUGAAUCUUUCCUACAAUUCCUUCGAUGGACAGAUCCCGAAAUCGUUCGGUGAGCUGAUGAAUUUGCAAAGUUUUGAUCUUUCUCAUAAUCAGCUCACGGGCUUGAUUCCACCGGAGAUCGGAGACGCUUGCCGAUCACUGCAACAACUCCGGCUUUCUUACAACAACAUCACUGGUCCGAUCCCUGAUUCCUUGUCCUCGUGCUCUUGGCUUCAGAUUCUAGACCUAUCCAACAACAACAUCUCCGGUCCGUUCUCGAACACGAUUCUGCGGAACCUCGGGUCACUGGAAAUCUUGCUUCUGAGCAACAAUUUCAUAUUUGGGCAGUUUCCGGCGUCGUUUUCAGCCUGCAAGAGUCUGAGGAUCGCCGAUUUCAGUUCGAACAGAUUCUCCGGCGUGAUUCCGCCGGAUUUAUGUCCCGGCGCGGUGUCUUUGGAGGAACUGAGAAUCCCCGACAACCUCAUCACCGGGCAGAUUCCGCCGGAGAUAUCUCAGUGUCCCCUGCUUCGAACUCUGGAUUUCAGUCUGAACUAUCUCAACGGCUCGAUUCCUCCGGAGAUUGGGAAUCUCCAGAAACUCGAGCAGUUCAUCGCCUGGUACAACAAUUUAGACGGAAAAAUCCCGCCGGAGAUCGGAAAGCUGCCGAACCUGAAGGAUCUCAUCCUCAACAACAACCGCCUCACCGGCGAUAUUCCGUCAGAGCUAUUCAACUGCAGCAAUCUCGAGUGGGUUUCGCUCACCAGCAACGGAUUAACCGGAGAAAUUCCCCGAGAAUUCGGAAUUCUCUCGCGUCUCGCUGUUCUUCAGCUCGGAAACAACAACUUGACCGGAGAAAUUCCGCCGGCGCUCGGAAACUGCAGCACCCUGGUUUGGCUCGACCUCAACACAAACCGGUUAACCGGAGAAAUACCGCCUCGGCUAGGAAGACAGCCCGGUUCGAAGGCCAUAACCGGUCUCCUCUCCGGCAACACGAUGGCUUUUGUCAGAAAUGUCGGAAACUCAUGUAAAGGAGUCGGCGGUUUGUUGGAAUUCUCAGGAAUCAGACCAGAGAGGCUUCUUCAGAUUCCAUCUUUGAAGAGCUGUGAUUUCACGAGGAUGUACUCAGGAGCCAUUCUGAGUCUCUUCACAAGAUACCAAACGAUCGAAUACCUCGAUCUCUCUUACAACGAGCUCCGCGGGAAAAUUCCGGAUGAAAUCGGUGAAAUGAUCGCUCUUCAGGUUCUUGAGCUCUCUCACAACCAGUUGUCUGGCGAGAUUCCAUUCACGAUCGGACAACUAAGGAACCUAGGCGUGUUCGAUGCAUCGAACAACAGAUUACAGGGACAAAUCCCUGAAUCUUUCUCGAACCUCUCGUUCUUGGUGCAAAUAGACCUGUCCAACAACGAGUUGACUGGUCCGAUCCCUCAGAGAGGUCAACUCAGCACGCUUCCAGCGAGUCAAUACGCGAACAAUCCCGGUCUAUGCGGAGUUCCAUUGCCAGAAUGCAAGAACGGAAACAAUCAGAUGCCGGAAACAUCAGAGAACGGUAAACACUCAAAACGCUCGGCCUCAGGGGCAUCAUGGGCGAACAGCAUUGUCUUGGGAGUGCUCAUAUCCGCUGCAUCGGUCUGCAUCCUGAUCGUGUGGGCCAUUGCUGCACGAGCGAGACGAAGAGAGGCCGAGGAGGCUAAGAUGCUGCACAGCCUACAGGCCGUGAAUUCGGCCACGACGUGGAAGAUCGAGAAGGAAAAGGAGCCGCUCAGCAUAAACGUGGCGACGUUCCAGCGUCAGCUUCGGAAACUCAAGUUCUCGCAGCUGAUAGAGGCGACGAAUGGAUUCUCGGCAGAGAGUAUGAUCGGUUGCGGUGGAUUCGGUGAGGUUUUCAAGGCAACCCUAAAGGACGGUUCUUGCGUGGCGAUCAAGAAACUGAUCAGACUCAGUUGCCAAGGCGACCGUGAAUUCAUGGCGGAGAUGGAGACCCUGGGAAAGAUCAAACACAGAAACCUCGUCCCUCUCCUCGGAUACUGCAAAAUAGGCGAAGAGAGAUUACUCGUUUACGAGUUCAUGCAGUACGGAAGCUUAGAAGAGAUGCUCCAUGGGAAAAGAUGCGGGGAAAAACGAAGGAUAUUGACAUGGGAAGAACGGAGGAAGAUAGCGAGGGGAGCUGCCAAAGGGCUGUGUUUUCUGCACCAUAACUGCAUACCUCACAUCAUACACAGGGACAUGAAAUCGAGCAAUGUGCUGUUGGAUCACGAAAUGGAAUCUAGGGUUUCGGAUUUCGGGAUGGCGAGGCUGAUAAGCGCAUUAGACACGCACCUGAGCGUCAGUACCUUGGCGGGCACGCCGGGUUACGUCCCGCCGGAAUAUUACCAGAGUUUCCGGUGUACGGCCAAAGGUGACGUGUACUCGUUCGGGGUGGUGAUGCUGGAGAUUUUGAGCGGGAAAAGGCCAACGGACAAGGAAGAGUUCGGUGAGACAAACUUGGUGGGGUGGGCGAAGAUGAAGGCGAGAGAAGGGAAUCAUAUGGAAGUGAUCGAUGCGGACCUUUUGAACGGGAAAGAGGGUUCAGAACCUCUGAGCCAGGCAGAGGGAUCGGUGGUGAAGGAGAUGCUCAGGUACUUGGAGGUUGGGUUACGUUGCGUAGAUGAUUUCCCGUCGAAACGACCAAACAUGUUGCAAGUGGUAGCUCUUCUCAGAGAGCUUCACGGAAGUAACGACAACAGUAACAGUAACAGUAACAGUAACAGUUCUUAAAGACCCUCCUCCCUGUUUUGGUAAUGAAAGUUAACCUUCUGUUCUUUGAGUUGUGUUCUGUAAUGUUUUGUUGACCAAAUAUAUAUAUAUAUAAAAAAAACUUUACUCUGCAUC